AAAAUCCUUCGAAUCUCAAUUUGUUUCGUUUAAGAAAUCUGUAGAUCUAGCAGAAAAAAUUCAUAUUUGAUCGGCUCUUUCUCUAUCUGAAUCUGAUAAAAAACGAUUACCGAUUGUUGGAUAAAAAAAACGAAUUUUGGCUUUUAUAAAUAUGAUGAAGAGAUCGACGAAACCCAGGGUUUCAUGGCCACCAGGUCCUAAGCUUUGUCAGGUUAAGAUAUUUCGAACAGAGGACUGUCCCGCCAAAGUUGCCUCUCAGCCUCAACGUCAUAGCUACCCAAAGUUAUCAUCUGGGAAACCAGAUCUUCCUCCUGGUUUUGAAGGAAAUCACUAUGCAGUUAAGCCUAAUGUUUCAAACAUUCCUCGGAUCAAAUGGAAACGACCUUCUAAGUUCUCUGUCAAUGAUGCUUGGUUAGUUGGAGGUGGUGGCGAGAGCACAGAAAGGAGAACUGAAAACUUGAGGAGUUCAAAAGUUUUGGAAGCUAUCUAUCCGCAUCGCUCUGCCAUCCCUUCUCGCCCCUCUGUUUCACCGGUUGUGGAAGCUGAAUGCUUUGAUGACAGCAAAACUCCUGCCAUUCGUCUCACUCCAAUUGAAGACGAGAAUGAGUCUUCAGAGGAAUCAACCCACAGUUCGGUUGAAUCCGGUUUUACCGCCAACAAGCAAGGUCAGUUGGAGACCAAACCUCCCUGUUCAACCCAAGAACAGAUUUCUGGUCUUACUGGUCUUGCACCAGACUUGAGUCUGGCUGCUUCUGCAGCUCUGACUGCACUGAUGAAAACCAAGGAACAGGGGAGUUUGGUUGAUACUGAUCUACUUAUCAAGUUCCUCAGCGACCCGAAAAUUAUCAAGAAUCUGAUCACUGACACAUCAGGUAAAUCCUCUGAAACUAAGAAUCAGCCAGUUGACACUAACACCAGCUCUGCUACUAGACUUGUUCCGCAACCUGUCACCACCUCACCCAUGGCUAGAAAGCCGCUGCCAGUAAUAAUACCUCAAGAACAUAGUGUUGCAGCUUCUCCGUCUUUUACUAACCCUGAGAGACGAGUAUCUCCUCCCAAGCCUGUAAAUGGAAACAUAUCCCCACCUAAGCCUAUAAAUGGAAAACCGUCUAGUAUACCAAUGCCCGUUCAUUUCCAUGUCGGUAUAGCUAAAGAACAACCUCAGCCUGCUCGGUUCCCAUCGACUUCUCUGCCAAUGAACCUUAACCUCCACAGACCUCAAAAUGUUUUCUCAGAACCAAAGGUAAUAGUAAAUCCUCAACCCCAACACCAACCCUAUUCCGCAUUCCGUACUUCUGAAAUGAACAAUGUUCAAACAUCAAUUGGACUUGGAAGGGGUCCUCAAACCGGUUUCAAUUCUUAUCCAAUGAACUUAAACCGGGCAGAUGUUAUUACUGGUAGAGCUAAACCGGUAGUACAACCUAUGAAGGGUCUAGACUAUUUCAAGAACCUUAUAAGGGAACAUGGGACAGAUAAUCAUGAAACUAACCAAUACCAUUCACAAACUGGAAUAUUCAAUGGACGCAUUGAUAAUAAUAAUAAGAUUCAGCAACAAUGUAUCUACUUUGGCACUGUGAGUGGAUGUAAGCUGGGAGAUAGUUGCGUCUAUGUUCAUGACCGGUUUAGGCCCAACUUUGAGGCCGAGGCUCCGAGGGCUAAGAGAAUGAAGUUUAGAAGGUAUGAGAAAAAUGGUUUUUGAACAUAAUCUUGACUCUGAUUCAUUCCAAAUCACAAACAAUUUAGAGUUCACUUUUAUAGUCUUGUCCAUCACUGGUUAAGGAACAAAACCUGAGGUGAUACAACUUUCAAUUUUGAUCAAUUUGUGUGCACCAAUUUUAAUUCAUAUAACAAAGUUCUUUGUUUAGAGAACCAGUUUAAUGGUACCUGAAUAACACCAGUUUAAGAGGUUGAGAAAGCCGGAAGUGAAUUAUGUUCAGUCUUUUUAAUCAAAAGAAUGAUAACUA